CCCUCCCUCCUUCGCAUAUCCCUCCCGCCCCUCUAUAUUUAACGGCCCUUGCCCGCCCUCCGAGCCCCCCUUCACCACCAACCGCUCACCUAUCAAUAACUGGCCAUUUUUUCCGGCCAACUGACCACCGCAUUUCUGACCGAUCCUCCGAGAAGAUGAAGUUCGGGAAGAGCCUGAGCAACCAGAUCGAGGAAGCGCUGCCCGAGUGGCGGGACAAAUUCCUGUCGUACAAGGAUCUCAAGAAGCGCCUCAAGCUGAUGGCCCCUAAGGGCGGAAAUCCAGCUAAGAGGCCCAGGCUCUCCGGCGACGGGGAGGAGCCUUGCUCUGCCGAGACAGCGACGGCCGCGACGCCUGAGGAGCAGGAAUUCGUCCGCCUUCUGGAUGCUGAACUGGACAAGUUUAAUGCCUUCUUCGUCGAGAAAGAGGAGGAAUACAUUAUCCGCCAGAAGUUGUUGCAAGAAAGGGUGGAGAAGGGAAAAGAUUCAAAAGAAAAGAUGAUAAAAGUGAAGAAAGAGAUUGUUGAUUUUCAUGGAGAAAUGGUCCUUUUGGAGAACUACAGUGCUCUCAAUUAUACAGGGUUAGUGAAGAUCCUAAAGAAAUAUGACAAAAGGACUGGUGCUCUCAUGCGACUGCCUUUCAUUCAGAGAGUCCUGCAUCAACCUUUUUUCACCACCGACCUCCUCUUUAAACUUGUUAAAGAGUGUGAGAGAAUGCUGGAUCACCUUUUUUCAGCAAAUGAGCCAACUCUUUCAUGUGCCACAGAUGGUGGUGAAGCAGAGCCGGAAGAUAAGAAAGUGGAGGGCAGCAAGUCUUUGUUGAAAGAAUCCCCGGAGUUGGAGGAGAUAGAGUACAUGGAGAGCUUGUACAUGAAGAGCACGAUGGCAGCAUUGCGAGCUUUGAAGGAAAUUAGAAGUGGUAGUUCUACUGUUAGUGUCUUCUCCUUGCCUCCCCUUCAAAAUGCAGGGGUAGAUGAAUGUUGGAGUAAGAUACCGUACCUAGAACAGAUUAAAGUAGCAAAGUAGAAAAGAACUUUGGUAACUUGAAUAUGUUGUACAGUAGUCGAAUGAGAUUACUAGAUGACAAUGUUUUUGCAAUGUUCUGACACAAAGGAAGAUGAAAUAUAGUGAUGCAUCUUGAUAUA